AUCACAGCGUGUUGACGAAAUUCCGACACUCGCUGAUGAUGAGAGCCAGCCAUGUACCUCACACGGGCAAACUGCGGAGAAGACCGAGUCCACUACGGCCGGUGAGCUUUCAGAAACAACACCUGCCACCCAAAAAUCUGGUCCUAAUGCCGAUAGUCCCCAUUCGUUGGAUGGUAUGGCUAUGCGUGAGCCAGUCUCUACUUCGCCUAACCAGCCGUCAAAUUUUAAUUUCCCAAACAGGAUGUUCGGGAAACAGCAGCGAUCUUUUCAACCUCAGUGGUUCAAAGCCUUUUCUUGGCUGCAUUAUCUGGAAUAUAAUGACACUGUAUUAUGUCACACUUGUGUCACUGCUGACGAGCAGCGCAAACUUGGUAACGCCAAAAAUGCCGAGAAGGCAUUUCUCAUAAAUGGAUUUUCCAACUGGAAAAAAGCCCUUGAAAAAUUCCGUGAUCAUCAGAAAUCCCAGUGCCACAAACUAGCUGUUCAGAGCGUUGAGUUACCACAACAAUGUGGAGAUAUCGGAGAGCGGUUGGAUACUGCACUAGCAGCUGAAAAAAAGUGGAACCGCUCCAUUUUAGUGAAGAUUUUAGAGAACCUUAGGCUGAUGGGGAGACAGGGGCUUUCACUGCAAGGCAGCACAGACGAAGACUCCAAUUUUAUACAGAUUUUGAAACUCAGGGCAAUCGAUGACCCAUCUAUUUUGAAAUGGUUAGAAAAAAAAACUGGCAAAUAUACCUCCCAUGAUAUCCAAAAUGAGUUACUCAAAAUCAUGGCCAACAUCAUAGUGAAAGAUAUUGCAACAUCGAUAAAGUCUGCUGGAUUUUUCGCUAUUCUCUCAGAUGAAUGCACAGAUAUAUCAAACAAGGAGCAAUUAACAGUCUGUCUGAGGUGGAUUGACAAAGCCUUAGAGCCACAUGAAGACUUUGUCGGGUUUUACCACAUCCCUAACAUAAACGCAGACACUAUUGUCGGCGCUAUUAAAGACACCUUAACAAGACUGGAUCUGUCUCUCAAUAACUGCAGGGGGCAGUGCUACGAUGCUGGGGGACCUAUGGCCGGGUGGAAAAUGGUGUGGCUGCUCAAAUCAAGGCUCAAUCAGUGA